CCUCUUGAUUGCAAGACUGCUGAAAUGUUUUGAGCACUGCCUCCUCUUUCCUAAUCAUGAACAGUUCAAAAUCACCAGGACUGGCUGGAUUUGGAAUCUUAAAAAACACAACCUGCCACACAGAGAAGAAGAUUUCAGUUUUCUUUUCAAUAAUCUUCAUGACAGUGGGAAUAUUGUCCAACAGCCUUGCAAUAGCAAUUCUUAUGAAGGCAUAUCAGAGAUUUAGACAGAAAUCGAAAGCCUCCUUUUUGCUCCUUGCUAGCGGUUUGGUCAUCACUGAUCUCUUUGGCCACCUCAUCAACGGAGCCAUCGCAGUGUUCGUGUACGCGUCCGAUAAAGACUGGAUUCGCUUUAACCAGUCCAACAUUCUCUGCAGUUGCAUUGGAGUCACUAAGCCAAUCUUUCACUCUACAAAAAUGACUUCUAAACAUGUGAAAAUGAUGUUGACUAUGGUAUGUCUGUUUGCUGUUCUUAUAGCUUUGCUGCCUAUUCUUAGGUUUAGAGCCUAUCAAAUUCAAGCAUCGAGGACCUGGUGCUUCUAUAAAACAGAACAUGUUGAGGACUGGGAAGACAGAUUUUAUCUCUUACUUUUUUCUUGCCUUGGGUUACUGGCCCUUGCUAUUUCAUUCUUGUGCAAUGCUGUCACAGGAAUUACCCUCUUAAGAGUCAAAUUUAAAAGUCAACAAAGACAAGGCAGAUCUCAUCAUUUUGAAAUGAUCAUUCAGCUCUUGGCUAUAAUGUGUGUUUCUUGCAUUUGCUGGAGUCCAUUCCUGGUGACUAUGGCCAGAAUUGGGAUAAAUGACAAUCAUUCAAAGGACACCUGUGAAACAAUACUUUUUGCUCUCCGAAUGGCAACGUGGAAUCAGAUUUUAGACCCCUGGGUAUACAUUCUUCUUAGGAAAGCUGUACUUAAAAACCUGUACAAGAUUACCAGGGGAUGUUGUGGCAUGCACAUCAUAAACUUGCACAUGUGGGAACUCAGCUCCAUCAAAAAUUCUUUAAAGGUUGCAGCAAUAUCUGAGUCACCGGUAAGUUCCAAACAAAUAAAUCUACAGCCGCUCAGUGCUACAGGGCAAUGAAAUUAAACACGGUGUAUGAAGAAACGAUGGAGGCAAGGAUCAUACACUGGCAGUGCCCUAAAUGCAUCCUUGUAAGGCUCAGUGGUUUGAUAUUUGUUUAAAAUUGUGAGUGGUUUGCUUUUGUUGCUUACCAGUUUGAUAUUGCUACUCCAAAAGUUGCACUUGAAUGUUUUAAGUCACUUUGGAAUGCGUUCUUUCCAAAACUAGUAAUAAAAUAAUGAUAA